AGAAAUGGUGAAGGAGACGGAGUACUACGACGUGCUGGGAGUCAGCCCCUCCGCCACCGAGGCUGAAAUUAAGAAAGCUUAUUACAUCAAGGCACGACAAGUUCAUCCCGAUAAAAACCCAAACGAUCCUCUUGCCGCACAAAAUUUUCAGGUUCUUGGGGAGGCUUAUCAAGUACUCAGUGAUCCUUCCCAAAGACAAGCAUACGAUGCUUAUGGCAAAUCAGGAAUCUCAACUGAAGCAAUUAUCGAUCCCGCGGCAAUCUUUGCGAUGCUGUUUGGUAGUGAGCUCUUUGAGGAGUACAUAGGCCAACUUGCCAUGGCAUCAAUGGCUUCUCUAGAUAUAUUCACAGAAGGGGAACAAUUCGAUACUAAAAAGUUGCAAGAUAAAAUGAGGGUUGUUCAAAAGGAAAGAGAAGAAAAGCUUGCACAAAUUCUGAAAGAUCGAUUAAAUCAAUAUGUGCAAGGAAACAAGGAUGAUUUCAUUAAUCAUGCAAUUGCUGAAGUGACGAGGCUUUCCAAUGCUGCUUACGGAGUUGAUAUGCUGAAUACAAUUGGUUAUAUAUAUGCAAGACAAGCAGCUAAAGAGCUAGGGAAGAAGGCCAUAUAUCUAGGCGUCCCAUUUGUUGCCGAGUGGUUUAGAAACAAAGGACACUUCAUCAAAUCCCAAGUAACUGCAGCAACAGGUGCAAUUGCUUUGAUUCAGCUACAAGAGGACAUGAAAAAGCAACUCAGUGCAGAAGGAAACUACACAGAGGAAGAGCUCGAAGAGUACAUGCAAUCUCACAAAAAGCUGAUGAUCGAUUCUCUUUGGAAGCUCAACGUAGCUGACAUCGAGGCUACUUUUUCCCGCGUUUGUCAAAUGGUCCUUCAAGAUAACACUGUAAAGAAAGAGGAGCUCCGGGCACGAGCAAAGGGGUUGAAGACUCUCGGUAAAAUCUUUCAGGGGGUGAAAUCGACCAACGGGAAUGAGGGCGAAACUGUGCUAAAUGCUGAGGUACAUAAACUGAAUGGAAGUGAAUCAAGCUAUGAUCCCUGCUCCCCUGUUUCUGUUGCCACGCCAACAUCUUCAAAUCUUGAAGGACAAUCUUAUACUACCUUUGCAUCACAGCCCUCACAGAGCCCCUAUGUGGAGGCACCCCAGUUUCCAGGAGGGCAGUUUGAGUAUAACUUCCCGAAGCCAACGGCACCACCGGGUGCGCAGAGACACAGUUCUUCUACCGCAGGCAGGGAAUAGAGGACAGCAGAAUUCGAGCCGCUUGUGUGUUGUAGUAUAUGGAGCCGUCCUAUGUAAUCAAAGUUAUUGUGGGUGGAAUGGAAAUGGAAAUGGAAAUGGAAUGAAUUGAAUGGUGGUUGUCUAGUCUCUCAUUUUUAUUUGUUUAGAGCGAUGAUAUCGCUCGCUUACAGGCAUUGUUUGUACUUUGUAUUGUUGUAUUUGGGGGAUACAGAGAGAGAGAGAGAGAGAGAGAGAAGUGAGGAAAAUAGGAGGGAGGUAGAAGAUAGUGCUUAUUCCGUUGUCGCCAGUUGGCUUCUAUUGAUCGCCUUCUGUUCUGUAAUUUGAUUUAGUGAGUGAUACAUUCUGUGUUUUGCUUUCAUGUUUAGGCUCAGGAUUUUUGUUGGCAUUCGUACAGUAUCGCUUGCUUAUUAUUUAUACAAACAUAGUGCUCAUCUUUGUUACUA